CUGCUCGGGGCCGAUCGUCCCUGGAGCGGGAGCCGCCGGUCGGCGGGGAGCGGCGCGCGGGGAAUGCCAUCCGCCCGGCCCGAUGUUCCACUGGGGCAAGUGGAAGAAGAGGAUGGGAGCCAGCGCCUCCUCCUCCAAGAGACCCGUGUUCGACGAGCGGGAGGACGUGAACUUUGACCACUUCCAGAUUCUCCGGGCGAUUGGGAAGGGCAGCUUUGGCAAGGUGUGUAUUGUGCAGAAGAGAGACACCGAGAAGAUGUACGCUAUGAAGUACAUGAACAAGCAGCAGUGCAUCGAGAGGGACGAGGUCCGCAACGUGUUCCGGGAGCUGGAGAUCCUGCAGGAGAUUGAGCACGUGUUCCUGGUGAACCUCUGGUAUUCCUUCCAGGACGAGGAGGACAUGUUCAUGGUGGUGGACCUGCUGCUUGGCGGGGACCUGCGCUACCACCUGCAGCAGAACGUGCAGUUCACAGAGGAGACGGUCAGGCUGUACCUCUGUGAGAUGGCCCUGGCACUGGACUACCUGCGCAGCCAGCACAUCAUUCACAGAGAUGUAAAACCAGACAACAUUCUCCUGGAUGAGCAAGGUCACGCACACUUAACAGAUUUUAAUAUUGCAACAAUAAUCAGGGAUGGUGAAAGAGCAACUGCGCUAGCUGGAACAAAGCCAUACAUGGCUCCAGAGAUUUUCCAUUCCUUCCUGAGCGGUGGCACGGGUUACUCCUUUGAAGUGGAUUGGUGGUCGCUGGGAAUCAUGGCUUACGAACUCCUCCGUGGCUGGAGACCGUACGACAUCCACUCCAACAACCCGGUGGAGUCCCUGGUGCAGCUGUUCAGCACCGUCAGCGUUCAGUACUCGUCCACGUGGUCAAAGGAGAUGGUUGCCCUGCUACGAAAGCUGCUGACGGUGAACCCCGAGCACCGCUUCUCCUGCCUGGCUGACAUCCAGACUUCAGCAUAUCUGUCCGCCGUGCCCUGGGCCGAUGUCUGCCAGAAGCGCCUGGAGCCGGGAUUCGUCCCCAACAAGGGCCGCCUGCACUGCGACCCCACCUUCGAGCUGGAGGAGAUGAUCCUGGAGUCCCGGCCCCUGCACAAGAAGAAGAAGAGGCUGGCGAAGAACAAGUCGCGGGACAACAGCAAGGACAGCUCGCAGUCUGAAAAUGACUAUCUCCAGGAAUGCCUUGAAGCCAUCCAGCAAGAUUUUGUCAUCUUUAACAGAGAGAAGCUGAAGAAGAGCCAGGAGCAGACGAGCGAGUCCACGUCUGCCCCUGAGACCACGGCUGAGGCUGAGACGGAGGCUGAGGCCGAGACCUCCAACCUGAACAUGUGCAGCUCCGUGUGCUCCUCGGCGGGCAGCGGUUAAGCUGGGGCCGCCCCGCUGCCGCCUGCCCUGUGUGCACCGAGUGCCAUUGGCAGUGCCCUGCAGCACCCGGCACAGCAGCUCGUCCCGCAGCGUUGUAGCAGAACAGUUCUCACAGAGCUGAGCUCUGGAUUUACACAGGCACCGGUUCCACACGCCGAGGUGCUGCCGUGGGUAAGGAUCCUCGCUAUGCAACUUGCGGGAGGAAGGAGACCUAUUUCACUACUUGUUCUUUUUUUAAUGUCAGAUUGCUGACAGGUUUUAAUACAAAGCGAUGGCAGCGUGAGAAGUUAUAUCUCCAACAUGGGAAGCCAGCGGGAUUAAUACUGGAUGGGUGGCUCACACUGUGUGAGGCACUGCUGCUAGCGAGGGCUGCGUGGGGCCCAGUGCUCCCACUGUGGGUUGGGGCUGCCCCUGCUGCAGCCACAGGUGGGAGCGGGGAUGGGGUGGCCCUGCAGCUCAGGGAUGGCACGGACACACUGUUCUCUUCACCACUGCCACAGUGUCUUUCCUGACUUGGGGUAAAUAAAUGCUUUUUGUGCACUUCUGGGGCUGGGUAAUGAUGAAAUACGUGAUCAAUAUGUCAGGUGUAUUUAAGAUAGUUCCUUCAUGUAGCUGCUGUGAGUGGCAGGAGCCGUGUGGCAGGUCGGGCCAUUUGGGCUCUGCGUGCCCAGGUUUGGGGGAUGCAUUUUGUCACGGGUUCAGGUCUUUUUGGAAGCUGUUUGUGACCUUCCAGUACUGCUUGGCCACGAAAGGAGGGCAGUGUCUUCAUUUACCCUUCAGUUCUCUUUAUUUUCAGUGUAAAGUAGAAGUGCUGUACAUAACUUACCAAAACCUGUUUUUAUCUUCCCGGUAAGGCAGGAGCUCUCUGACGGCUCCGCUGUGGGGGGUUGCCUUUCUCCUGCUUUCAGAGGCCUUCACUCUGUUGGUUGCUCAAUCUGCUGCCUUGUGGCUUUUGGUUACUGUUGUUAAAUGUGAGCGGUGGGUUCUGCUGCAGCACGAAGCCGUUGUGAUGCACAGAUUGAUUGCAGCGGCGUUCACCUUAAAGCGGGCGACAUGUGUUGGCUGGCAGAUGCUGAGGAGGUGGCUGGGUUUGCAUCCUUGGUCUAUAUUUGUAACACAAAAAUGCAUAGAAGAGGUUUUUAACAGAUGCAGACUCUUUUAGGACAAACACUGCUGCUUUUUUAGUCCCUGUGGAUGAAAUCAUAGAACGGCUUAACCGUGUACAGUUAUUUUAUAUGAAAGAUGACACUAAACACUUAAUUUCCACAGUUUUAUGUGGAGAUCAGGAAGUGGCUGUUUGUGCAGAACCACCUUCAUGAAGGGGCAGCAGAGGCUGGAGGUGCACGGCUGGACCUCAGCACCGGCUGCACAGUGAUGGGUGGGGGUAGCUCUGCUCACAGCCCCGUGGAGUGGCCCACCUGAGCACCACUCUAUGUGCCCACACACCUGCCUCUCUGCCCAGCCCUGCCCCACUGACUGCCCCCUGUCCCCCUGUGCGUCAUGCAGUGCCCGCAGCAGCCCCAGGCAAUGCCCAGCAGUGCUGGGGGCACGGCACAGCCACUGCCCUGUGGUGAGAUGGGGGCACACACAUGGGGAGCACAGGCUGAGGAGUGUGUGUCUGCCCUGGUACCUCCUGCACCUUGUUCUCCAGGACAGCUGAUGUGACAGGCUUUUGGAGCACUGCGCAGUCUGGACCCUGUGAGUACAGCAUCUCUUGGUACUCGUUUCCAGCCACAUGUGGAUGUGUUUCACUGCUGCCCACUGCAGAGCAGGUUCUAUUGCUGCCCAUUUACUUAUGCAUAGAUACAGGAGAUGAAGCUGAAAGCUAAGAGUAGCUGUGAGAAGGAAGCGCAGCAAUAGUGCAUCAGUCCCGUGCUGGGCUGUGGGGCUGUGCUCUGCCCAGGGGCUGUGAUGGCUGCGCUGCCAAAGCCCUGAGCCCUUCUGUCCAUCCUCUCUGUGGAGCUGGGUCAGUGCUGCUGUGAGCAGAGCUCACGGGGCAGUGUGAGGCACUGCCCUUUCCCAUGCAGAGCCUGCAGCAGUCGGUCUGGCCCUGCUUUACACCUCCACGACAGUGUUCUGUAUAUAACUAUUUAGAGACGUGUAUUUUUUGUAUGACAGAUUUAUACAGGGAGUGCCGUUAUCCGCUGUGAGACGUCUACAUCACCUGUGAAUUAUUCUCCUUAAACUCUUACCAUAAGAUUCUUUUCUUCUCGCUGUUGUAUUUGGGAGUUCUGCAGAAUUGCCUAUUUUCAAGUGUUUCCAUUGAAUUCCACAGACUUCGCUGGGAAUUUUGUGUAGAACCAGGUCAGGUCCGGAUGGGUCUUUUGUUGCCAAUUGUUCAUCACUGCACCUUGGUGAGAAUAAGGGUAUCAUGAAUGGGGGAAUAUGAGCUCGAGGCCGGAUGGUGCCGAAACCCUGAUGCCUUGGUAGGGAGUAUUUUUACAUGAUCUCGGUGUAAAUGGGAGAGGUAAAGUAUACCUUUGUAUCUUAUGUUAAUAUACUUCUGUAAUUUAUUGCAUAGCAAUACUGCCGUGUCACGGAGCAUUUCAGUUAGGACAACAAACGUGUGGUUUUGCAGACACUGCAAGAAGCCAUUGCCUAUGUGGAGUAAUAAACGUGGAUUUUUAACAUUGCCAA